UAAAUAUAUUCGCACAGAGGGAGAGAGAGAGAGAGAGAGAGAGAGAGAGAGAGAGCCACUCUGUGAAAGAGCUUCAGCCCAUCAAAACUUUGAGAAUGAUAACUCCAAUGAAGUCUUUUGCUUUGAUGAAUCUCUCAGAAAUGGUGGAAAACACGAAGGAAUAUAUAUGCCGUGCAUUGGUGACGUUGGUGGAUCAUUUGGGAAAUGUUUCAUCGAAAUUGGACCGACUCAUCUCCAUCCCCAAUCACUUCUCAGACGUUGAACUCCGAAUCCACUGCCUUCAACAGAGGAUUAUGUCUUCCCAACAGCAUGUUCAAAAGCUUGCAAUGUAUAAACUAAGAUGGAGGGAAAAUCUUCCAAUAUAUCAAACGUGUUACUUGCCAACAGUCACAUUAACUGAUGCGGAGAACUCAAAAGGAGACCCCAGAAGGUUAGAUUCGGAAAUUUAUUCAAGCAAUAAAUAUAUUCGCUCGGGGAAAAUUCCAAACUUCGUGCAUGCAUCCACGUCGGUGGACGAACCUUCCCCAUAUUCCAAAAUAGUUUUCUCUAGAGAGAUGGCUAUGCAUAAGGAACUCUCAUCAUCGUUACCAACAAAAGCUCCCAAUCCGACAUUCCCUUUUCAAUUGGUGCCGUCGAAACUAGACAGAAGUCGGAGCUUGAACCGGAGAUCAUCUUCACCGACGCUGCUGGGUUCAGACAUUCUAUCGUUGAUACGUCAUCGUGUAAGGAAAGGCAACGCGAAAAGCUAGGGGAAAAAACUCUUUCUUUCGCAACAUACAUAUGAUGCCAAUCCCAGUCCCAUCGGAACUAAAUCACAUGUAUUAGAUUAUGCGAUUGAUAUGUCGUUCACGAACGUUCGAUUCUCAGUCUUCCCUCUCCGAUCGCGCUCGAUGAUUCCUUGACACUCCCUCACCCGACCGUGCGAGAAAUUGGAACGAGCACCAAUUUUUCCUGCGUCCGGAUCCCGCGGAUCCUACAUCAGGGUCGAGGUAGAACUUGACAAGUUCACUAUCGGAGGAAGAAUUAACAAACGAAGAAACAAGACCCCCCCUCAUAAUUUCACUCCUUUGGUUCAAAUAUGAAAUGCACCGUAGAAUAUGUUGUUACUCUUUAGUUCUCAUUCUCCAUCACUGUUAUCAAGGAGUCUAUUUUUUUAUAACAUGGAAUCCUAACCGCUA